AAAAAAAAAUCAAAAGAAAAGAAGGGAAGCGGGGAAAAGAAAAGAAAAAGAAAAAGGAAGAUUUUUCAUCUUCUCUACUCUCUCUGGGGUUUAACCGCCGAACCCACGCCCCCAUUAACCAAAAAGCUUCUUCCUUCCUUCCAUGAAUCAAGCCAUGUGUAGUAAUUAAUUUCUUGCACAGGAGGAACAAAAGUAAAAGAGAUAAUCUCUCACCAUCCACUACAAUCUUGUUAAUAAGUAAAACAAAACGAAAUCAAAAUGCCUGAGGUUAGGAUCAUUGCCAAGAAUUUCAUGGACAUGGUGGCUUCAAUGCCUGCCAUCAAACUUGAUAAACUCUACCAGAAUGGAUUCAUCUGCGAAGCUAUUCUCAGGUCUCUUCCACCUCUUGCAAAGAAAUAUGUGUUACAGUUAUUGCAUAUUGAUGGACCCGUGCCGGCUAAAUUAUUGGCGGAAUGGGUGCUUCCAGAUGGUCUAUCAAAGCACAAAGUUGCCAUUGAUAGAUUGGUUCAAUUGAGAGUUUUUGUUGAAGCUUUUGACAACAGGAAGAACGAAAAAACUUACCAAGUUAAUUCAACAUAUCAGAAAAGUCUCCAGAAUCUUUUAGUACAUGGUGGAACUUUGCCGAGGGAAUCAAUGCCUUCUAAUAUUACUGUGAGGCUCCCAACCUUGGAGGAUCUUGAGACUUAUGCUCUGGAACAAUGGGAGUGUUUCUUGUUGCAACUUAUAAGCCCAAGUCAUGUUGACAAGACCUUAAACAUAAGCUCUUCUUUGAUGAAAGUUUUCCAGCGGCGUCUCCUGAGUCAGAGAGACAGAGAGGCUCCAAAAUUAACUGAGAGUGGCUUCCAAUUUUUGCUGAUGGAUACAAAUGCACAGCUUUGGUACAUCAUCAGGGAAUAUAUCACUAAUUCUGAGGAGAGAGGUGUUGAUGCAGGUGACUUGAUAUCAUUCAUGCUGGAGCUUAGUUUUCAUGUCAUUGGGGAGGCAUAUAAUAUAAACACAUUGACCGAAUUUCAGAGGAACAUAAUUAAGGACCUUGCAGACCUUGGGCUGGUCAAACUUCAACAGGGCAGGAAAGAAAGUUGGUUUAUACCAACAAAAUUAGCAACAAACCUUUCAGUGAGCAUGACCGAAUCAUCAUCAAGAAAAGAGGGAUUUGUUGUUGUGGAAACAAAUUUUAGAGUUUAUGCUUACUCGACUUCAAAAUUACACUGUGAGAUAUUGCGGUUAUUUUCAAGGGUAGAGUAUCAACUUCCAAAUCUUAUUGUUGGAGCUAUUACAAAAGAAAGCUUGUAUAAUGCUUUUGACAAUGGCAUUACAGCAGACCAGAUAGUCAGUUUCCUUCGGCAGAAUGCUCAUCCUCGUGUUGCACAGAGGGUACCAGCAGUGCCUGAAAAUGUCACAGAUCAGAUUAGGUUGUGGGAAUCAGAUCUAAAUAGAGUUGAGAUGACAGAAGCAUAUUAUUAUGACGAGUUCCCAUCCAGGGAUGUAUUUGAAGGUGCGUGUGACUGUGCCAGAGAAUGGAGUGGUUUAUUAUGGGAAGAUUCAAAGAAGAUGCAUUUGGUGGUCAAGUCUGAGGUUCAUACUUACGUACGAGAUUUUUUACGCCGCCAAAAGUAGUAAGAAAGCUACACAUUCUGAUGCAUCUUAUGGUUAGCUAAUAUGCAAUGGUAACCAUGAUGGAGGGAGCAAUGUGGUCGCACAGUUGCUUAGUCAUUUCAAACUGACUUAAAACAUUUCGAUGGACUACUUACAAAAAAUCAAGGAAUGACCAUCAAGAUUGUGCAAGGUUUUGUUUGUGAAUUUAGAGGGAAGAAGAGGGCUUUGGAAAAAAA